GAUCGUUUGUCUCUCGGAGGCACUGGGCGCUUGACGUCAAUCCUUGAACCGGGAUUCGCAUUGCAUUGAUGUCUUUGACGACUUCUAACCCUCUUACUGCCUUAUAAAGUAUCUUUUGAUGAAGAAACCUCCCACAGCGCCACCCCUGCGAUGAGGCAUUCAGCGAGUUGUUCCUACAGAAGAACUACUGCAGGUGAGUGGUUAGUGGUGCCUGGCAGGUACCUGAGUUAAGCUGGACCAUUUGCAUUCCUAUUUCGCGUCCCUCUAGUCUUCCAUCGACCAGUGACAAUUGCUGUCUUGUCCCUGGAUUCCUGUUCAGAGACGGCUUCGAAAAUCGUCAAAGAAAGCGGAGUUGUCCGGCACAUCCGCCUCCCGUCCUUUACACGUACAGAGUAGACGAGAGUGCCUCAAGUAACUGGGGGCCAAGGACCCGGUUCGCAUCCCAAACUUGCUCGCAAAGCCCCGCUCUUGAAUUCAUUCAUCAUGGACAAUACGGAGCCAUCGCCGCCACAAGACUCCCAGACGUCUACACUUAGUCCCUCCAACGACGAGGAGCACCCCGUCGAGAUCACGCUCAAAUUCCCGCCCGAAAAGCACGCCCAGAAAUGGGUCUUCUCGCCAUCGGACACCCUCGAGCACCUCGUCCAGUCGCUCUCGCUCGAGUUCCCCUCGUACGACUGGUCCAAGAGCAAGGCCCUCCUCGAGAAGCGCCAGCCCGGCCUCAAGCAGCUCUACACGCUCUCCGACGACGCCUCCCUCCCGCUGUCCACCCUCAACAACACGACCCUCCGCCUCCUCGCCCCGCAGACCUCCACCCUGGCCGCCCUCCAACACCAGCGCGACGCGGCCGCCACAUGGCAGGCGAAGCGCGCCCUCGCCCGCGCCCGCUACGCCCGCCUGACGCCGACGCAGCGCGCCAGCGCCGACGACCUGAACUACACCUUCCACACGCUGCGGGCGCUGCCGCACCUGCCGGACGCGGCGCGCAGUCUGGCCAUGCUGGAGCGGCUGAAAGCGGACCCGGGGAUCCGGGCGGCGAUGCGCGCGCACCGCUUCAGCGUCGGGCUGCUGACGGAGAUGGACCCGGCGGCGCACACGGCGGCGUCGGCCGACGGCGUGACGCGCAUCCUGGGCCUCAACCGCAACCGCGGCGAGGUCAUCGAGCUGCGCCUGCGCACCGACGCCUACGACGGCUGGCGCGACUACCGCGUCGUCCGCAAGACGCUGUGCCACGAGCUCGCCCACAACGUGCACGGCCCGCACGACGCCCAGUUCUGGGCCCUGUGCAAGCAGAUCGAGCGCGAGGUGGAGCGUGCCGACUGGAAGCACGGCGGGCGCACCGUCGGCGACGAGGAGUACGCCCCUGCCAGAGGGGAAGCCGGAGGCGCGGAGGAGGAGGGCAUGGUGAUGGACCAUGGCGGGUGGGAAGGGGGCACCUACGUGCUGGGUGGCGGGGGGAAUACGGAAGGGUUGAGCGCGAGGGAGAUCCGGGCGAGGGCGGCCGAGGCGCGGUGGUCGAAUCUGGAGAGGGCCACGAGGCAGAGUGAAAGCGAGAGGGACGGUUCGGGGGAUGGGAAGAAGGAGUAGUAAGACAUGGUCGUUGGAGCACGCUGAUACCCAGAUGUUCUUUGCCUUGUGAGCACCCCUGAUUAAGAUUUUGUUGCUAUGGAAUGGGAGCGAGGCGUGGUAUACGAGCGAUGGCAGACCAGCCCAAUGGAAUUCAUUUGAAGCGGCUUUUUCGUUCAGUUUUCAACUGUUUUGUCAAGCGCCUCAGCGUUUGUCAGGGUGGCUGGUCCUGUCUGUAAGGGGGCUUGCAAACCUCUCUCAACUGCUUGUGAGAAGCAAGAUCAACAAGCAC